AUGAAUAUUGGAAAAAGUACUUCUCAACAAAGAUCACGUGUUCGAAGAUAUAAUUCAACAGAUUUACUAGAGAUAUUAGCAGAAUCUUCUAGUGACGAAGGUGAGUUUGUUGCUUCUGAUAAUGAACAUGACUAUAUUCCUUUAGGGGAAGAGGGUAGAUUUGAAAUUUUUGAUGUUGAGCCGGAAGCUGAAGUCGAAAAUGAGAUUGAUUCUUAUGAUUCCGAUGCGAGUUUUGAAGGGGAAUCGCUUGAAAAUAUUCUUAUCGCAAAAGAUGGAAUACGUUGGCAGUCUGAACCACUUCCCAGAACACAAACUAGUAGCAGAAAUAUUAUUCGUCAACGGGGCGGGGCUGCAUCGUUCAGCAAACUUUACAAUCAAAUGGAAAUAUUCAAAAAUAUAUUGUCCAAUGAAAUGUGUGACAUAAUCUUGAGGGAAACUAAUCGGAAAGGGACAAAAAUUACUGAAGCAUACAAUAAUAAACUGAUGGAAAAUUACCCUGAUAUUAGCAAGCGACCGAAACAAAAAAUAUUCAAACCAUUCACAGAACAAGAAUUGGAUGCAUUUUUGGUAUUAUAA